AUGCAACCACAAUUCAAGAGAAUUUUCGUCUGCUAUGAAGGGGUCAAAAAUGGCUUCUUAGCCGGCUGUAGACCAUUUUUUGGAGUAGAUGGAUGUCAUCUAAAAGGGCCAUAUAAAGGCAUUUUUUGGCUGCUAUGGGGGUUGAUGCAAACCUCCACUUUUACCAUCUUGCUUAUGCAAUUGUUGGAGCUGAGGGGAGAAAUAGGGGACACUGCUAGUGGCCAGCCAUGGUGCAUCAUGAGUGAUAUACCAAAGGGACUAAUUGAGGUUGUGGCUGCUAUACCAGAGGCAGAACAUCGAUAUUGUUGUUUUCACAUUGAGAACAAUAUGAUAAAAAAGUUUGGAACAUCACAACUAAGGGGUCUGUUUUGGGUAGCCGCUGAGACAACGAAUUUCAACACUUUCAAGCGCAUUAUGGACAUGAUAAAAGAAUCCAACUCAGAGGCACAUGAGUGGUUAUCAAAUAUUGAGUUCAAUCAUUGGACUUUGAGCAUGUUUGACACUAGAGCGAAGUUAGAACACAUUGCCAACAAUUUCGUUGAGUCAUUCAAUGAUUGGAUAGAGGAGCAUCGUUACAAGCCUCUAGUGGAUCUGUUGGAAGGGCUAAGAAUGCAACAAUCAGCCAUGAUGUAUGCUAGGAAAAAGACUGCAGAAAGAUGGGAUCACAAGCUCACUCCAAAGGUCCAUCAAAAGGUUAGAGGAAUACCGUGCAUACACGCAGCUGCUUGUAUAAGCAAAAUUAGGGCCAACAUAGAAGAUUAUUGCUCACCAUACUUUACCACUGAAAUGUGGAGGAAGACUUUCCAGGGUGUAAUUCAUCCCAUAGCUGAUGAAUAUAUGUGGCAUGAGUUUGAUGAUGAAGAACUAUUGCCUCUUGUCAUAAAGGUUCAAGUUGGGAGCUUAGAUGCAUCUCCUGAGGAGAUGCACUUGUCUGGAGCACCAUGCACUUGUCUGGAGCACCAUUAG